AUGAGCCAUAUCAACUUUUCAGAUAAAGGUGAAAAAACUAAAAUACCUCUUUCUGAUUAUCUUCUUCCUCAGAAUAUGGAAUCUGAAAAUAUGGAAACAGAAAAUAUGGAUUUUGAAACAAUUUCUUCAGUUACAGCAUUACAGGCUCUCUCUAAGCUACUUUAUCCUGAAGAGGAUGACUUUGAGUCCGGACAGUUAAAUAGUUCAUCAGCAAUGGGAGCCAUGGGACCUGGAAAUAUUGGACCACCAAAAAGAGAAGAGCAUGAAGUCAUCCCUCAAACUAGUAGUGAAAAUUGUGAAGAAAUCUGGAAUCCAGAGGAAGUUUCAGAAGGAGCAGAGCAUCAUGAUGUGUGGGAUGUUAGAGACACUCCAGAAUAUGAAAUUGUAUUCAAACAGCAGGUGGGAACAGAAGAUAUGUUCCUAGGAUUGACCAGAAAGGAUGCGUCAACUGCAUGCUGCAAGGAUCUAGUGGUGAAAAUUAAACUACCAAACACCAACCCUUCUGAUAUUAAAGUUGACAUUCAGGAGACGAUCCUUGACCUCCGUACUCCAAAUAAGAAGCUGCUGGUAACCCUUCCCCAUCCUGUGGACUGCAGCAGUGCCAACGCCUGCUAUAUACUUGAUACUGAGACUCUCGAAGUCACUAUGACUAUGAAACGAGAGUUGGAUUUCGUUAAUUUCUUCUGA